AUGGCCCAUGAUAAUCUCGUGUGCUUCUAUUUCCUUUCAAGCAUCUUCUUCUUCGGUUUAUCGUCCUCGAACUCGAUAUCGUUCCAAGAGGGAUUCGACCCGUUGUACGGCGAACAAAACGUAGUCCCGUACGACGAAGCCAACACAUCGGUUCGAAUCUCGAUGGACGAGACAACAAGCUCCGGCUUCCACUCGAAGCUAACCUACACGAGCGGCCGCUUCGAAACAUCCCUAAAGCUCCCGAGAAAAAACUACACGGCCGGCGUCGUCGUCACCUUCUACAUGAGCAACGCCGAUCAACACCCGUCGUCUCACGACGAGAUCGACUUCGAGUUUUUAGGUCACGUGCACGGCCAAAAGUGGGCCGUGCAGACCAACUUCUACGGCAACGGGAGCACGUCCCGCGGCCGUGAGGAGAGGUACGAGCUCCCGUUCGACCCGUCCGCGGACUUCCACCGGUAUGGGAUUCUGUGGACCGAGAUGCGGAGGAUCACGUUCUAUGUGGACGGGGUACCCAUCCGCCACGUGGCGGGUGAUGUGGCGGGUGAGGACUUCCCGUCGAAGGCGAUGAGGGUUUACGGGACGAUAUGGGACGGGUCGAGUUGGGCGACUGAGGGAGGGUUGUACAAGGUGGAUCAUAGGUAUGGGCCGUUUGUGGCGGAGUACUCGGGUUUUUUGAUGGGGGGUGGGGAUUGGGUUGGGCUUGAAUUGGGCCGGGAGGAGCAGGCCCGGAUGGAGGGUUUUAGGAGGAGGUGGAUGACGUAUUCGUAUUGUUAUGAUAAGAAACGGUAUGCGGUGGCGUUGCCGGAGUGUGUUUUUGAGGGCGGGGAGUUUGAGCGUUUGAGGAGAUUCGAUCCUUGGACGUUUGGGUCUUCUAGAAAGUGA